AUGGCAGGAGGUAGGAACGAUCGUGCAAUCGCUGAUGCUCUACAAGCGAUGGCUCUGGCUCUUGGUAAUAUGAACCAACGACUAGAGAUAUUCCAAGCUCUGGGAAGUCCUUUGUUACGGAAGGUGACUUUGGUUGCCUUCAUGCUUUCUAGAGAGGCUGGCAUCUGGUGGCAAGGUGCUUUGCAAAGAAUGAUAGUUGUAGGUACCCAAGUGAACUGGGAGAAUUUCAAACAAUUAUUCUUGGAGAAAUACUUUCCGCGAGAUGUGAGACUUAAGAAACAGGUGGAAUUCCUUGAGUUCAAGCAAGGAGAUAAUUCUGUGGCUGAGUAUGUGACUAAGUUUGAAGACUUGGUCAGAUUCUGUCCUAUGUAUGAUGGUGUGGGCAAUGCGGAGGACAAAUGUGUGAAGUUUGUGAGUGGUCUUCGCCCUGAGAUUAAACAAGUUUUCAAUUACCAAUGGAUCACUCAAUAUCAUGAUCUGGUGAACAAGUGUCGACUCUAUGAUGAGGACAACCGUGCUAGAGUAACUCAUUAUAAGAGUGGAGGACCCAUGAGGAAUCAUAAUAAGUUUGGGUCAUCUAGUAAGGGUAAGCCUUACACCAAGUAUGUUGGAGAUUCGAGUUCUAAAGUGAAUAACCAAGAUUCUUUGCAAUAA